UAGACCCCCACUGCCACUGUACCUUAACCAUUUCACUAAAACACGCACAUCCUCCACCAAACUGUCGCCAUGCCUUUCUUUCUCUUCUUCUUUCUCUUUUUUUCCUUUCUUUCUCUCCCAACCAAACAAACCCAAAUAAAAAACACUUCUAAUUUUUCCUUCUCUUUCCCUCUUAAUUCUUUUCCUCGCUCCCAAAAUCCUUCUUUUCAAUCUUCUUUUAUUUCGCAAACCAAACGGAACCAACAUGUUCAAACCUCUGGUUAUAAUUACAGAUCAAGGUUUAAGUAUUCAAUGGCUUUGAUUGUCUCUUUACCUAUAGGGACUCCUCCUCAGACUCAACAAAUGGUUUUAGACACUGGGAGUCAACUUUCCUGGAUUCAGUGUCACAAAAAAGCUCCCAGAAAACUUCCUCCUACGACGUCGUUUGAUCCUUCUCUAUCGUCUUCUUUCUCCGUUUUGCCUUGCAAUCACCCUCUUUGUAAGCCCCGAAUUCCCGAUUUUACUCUCCCGACUACCUGUGACCAGAAUCGUUUAUGCCACUAUUCUUAUUUCUACGCUGACGGUACUCUAGCUGAGGGUAGUCUCGUCAGAGAAAAGUUUACCUUCUCUAAUACCCAAAGUACCCCUCCUUUGAUCCUUGGUUGCGCUGAGGAUUCCGGCGAUGACAAGGGUAUUUUGGGGAUGAAUCUUGGGCGGCGAUCAUUUGCUUCCCAGGCUAAAAUAUCUAAGUUCUCUUAUUGUGUACCGACCCGGGGUAAUCGGGCCGGGUUGUCACCGACUGGGUUGUUUUACUUGGGUGACAAUCCUAAUUCUGGUGGGUUUCAUUACAUAAAUCUUUUGACUUUUACUCCAAGUCAACGCUCACCUAAUCUGGACCCUUUGGCCUACACGGUUCCAAUGCAAGGAAUUAGGAUUGGAAACACAAGAUUAAACAUUCCCGCAUCUGUUUUCAGGCCCGACCCGAGUGGUUCGGGCCAGACCAUGGUAGAUUCAGGCUCCGAGUUCACAUACUUGGUGGAUGAGGCAUAUAAUAAAGUGAGGGAGGAAAUAGUGAGAGUGGCUGGGACAAAGUUAAAGAAGAACUAUGUGUACGGUGGAGUAUCGGAUAUGUGUUUUGAUGGAAAUCCAGUGGAGAUCGGACGGUUGAUAGGAAAUAUGGUGUUUGAAUUCGAGAAAGGAGUUGAGAUUGUGGUAGAUAGAGAGAGGGUCCUGGCUAAUGUAGGGAAUGGGGUCCAUUGUGUCGGAAUCGGUCGGUCCGAAAUGUUAGGGGCGGCUAGUAAUAUAAUAGGGAACUUUCAUCAACAAAAUCUAUGGGUGGAAUUUGAUCUAGCUAACCGAAGGGUGGGGUUCGGUAAGGCCGAUUGUAGCAGAUCAUAAAGUGGUGCUGGUACAGUGGACCACAGCAUGAAUUUAUCUGGCCAGGAAGGAAUUAAAUCGGAUAUUCAAUGUAAAGACUCUGUACAAAAUAAAUAUCAGCGAUGGUUGGCAAUAGUAAUCUAAUCGAACGGCCCAUAUUAAACUAACAUUAAGUGAUAAAUAGAGUGUAAGUUCACGGGAAUGGUAUUUUAUUGCAUUAUAUUAGUUAAUUUAUUAAUUAUUAUGUAAAACAUCUCAUAAUUUUGUUAAUUAACGGUAUGUGAGUGAAUUUAAAUUAAUCGAGUGGUGUAAAAAUAUUUGUCUUCGUUUUAUAUGAAAGUAACCAUAGCUUAAAUUAAAUUAUUUAUUGUAUUUGUACUACCAAAGCUUGAAUAUUAAUUAUUUGUUGUCUUCUCA